CAGCUCUAGCGUCCCCCUCGUGGCCACUGCUCGCAAACGGCGUUUGUAAAAGUUGCGCGUUCACGGUAUGCCCAGCGUGGCGUGUGUGUCGAGUUACCUGUAACUGUGUGCGAUUGAGCCGAGCCGAAACUCGCCAGCGCUUCGAGAGCUUCGAAUUUGGAUAUUGCGAAAUAGCGACUGCAAAACUGAACAUGUCGGAGGCAACUGUGGCCCAGAAGCCGGAGGCGGUGCUGGACACCAGCGUGGAGGAGGAGCAGGACAAGAAGACACCCAAACGCACUCCCAAACGCCGCUCGUUUAUUGAGCGGGCGCAGCGCGAAAGCGAGGAGCUGGUGCGGACUAUGGGAGGUAGUCUGGAGCUCGAGGGCGGACGGCGCACGCGAUCCAGUACUCGCGGGACCCCGACUCGGGCCAGCGAUACGCCGGCGACGCCGCCGCCCAGCAAGAAGGCACGCACAUCGCCCGCUUCGGCCGCAAAGGCGAGCGGCGGAGCUGGAAAGGGACGUGGGGCACGCAAGCUGGACGUGGGCGGUGAGGAGCCAGCCGAGCCAGAGCCGGAAAAGGUACAGACACCAUCCAAGGGAAAGACCCCCGCCAAGAAGGAGAAGAAGGAGGUGAAGAAGGCGGAAAAGCCGGCCAAAGAGGAUGAGGUUGUCGAAGCUGAAGUUGAUGCUGAACCUGAAGCGGAAGCCGAGGAGGCGGAUAAGCAGGCUGACGAGUCGACAAAAACAGAAGCCAAGCCAGCUGAAAGCGCAGAUCAACCAGAUGCUGUAGGGGAACUGCCUGUUGUUGCAGAGGAGAAACAAAACCAUGUGGCUGAAGCCAAACAAAGCACAGAUGACACCGAGAAGCCAGCCGAGGAGGUGCCAAAGGCUGAAGACCCACCGAAAGAGACUUCAGAAAACGGUGCCGCCUCAGAAACUCCUGCUGCUCCAGCCGUUGAAGAUCCUGCUCCCGCCGCCAUGGAGGUGGACGAUGAAGAGCCGGCUGCCGAAACAACACCGGCUGCUGUUUCAGAACCCGCACCAGUUGACAAGAAACCUGAGGAGAAGACCGAACCUGUUGCAGUUGCGGAGGAGAAGAUAACUGAACCUGCCAAGGAACCCACCCCGGAGCCCAUGGAGGUGGAUGGCAGUUCGAAGAGCAGUUCGGACACAGCUCAAGUUGACACACCCGCAGCUGAGGCCGCUGCCCCAGAGCCAAAGCCUGCACCAGAAGUUGCAGUGGAGGCUAAGGAAUCGAGUACAGUCGAUGAAGUGGCCACAGAGGUCAAGGAAGCAACUGUUGCUGAAGUGCCAGCUGACGAGGUGGUCACCAAGGAACCCGAAAGUACGGUGGUCGAGUCCACGGAGGAGGAGGUCAAGGAGACCAGCAUACCCAAGGAAACAGAUAUCAGCGAGGUGCCCAAGGGGGAUGUGAGUUCUGCGGAGCCCAAGGAGGCAGAGAGCGCCACGCCCAUUGCCGCUGAAGUUCCAGUCCCAGUCGUCGCCCCCGCCACCAACGAUGUUGCCAAGACCGUAGAAGUCGAGAAGAACGUGGUACUGGCGGAGAGUCCUGUUAAGGAGUCGCCGGCCAAGGCCGAAAUCAAUGUCAAUGGCGAGCCCAAGAUCGUCAACAAUUCCGCCGAUGUGGCUGAGAUUGCAGCGCCAAAGGUCUGUAACUAAGGCAGAUCCACCGAUGGGCAACCCCGGAUGUGUACAAAAAGCAUCUUCAGCUCGCCCGCCGAGUUGGUUCCUGGAUGUCGCCAACUACAAAAGCAAAAACAUUUAAGAGUUCCCCCCAAAAAAUCCACACCCACACAUUUAUGAUUUUCUUAUUGAUUGACUCUAAAAUAACUUUAAUUUGAUGAUAGUUUUGAGUCUUCCGUAUUCGGUUGACGCGAGAGGACGCCAUAGGCUGCAAUCGAUGCUGGACUUUCAAUGUUGCACUCUGUGUGCGUCAACUAACUAGACAGACGAGCAGAGAAAGGCGUGUCCCCUUCUUAACCUAACCCACCCACCCGUGCCCCACUUCCCCGAACUAUGUACACAGACAGAUUGUGGAAUCUUAAUAUAAUAUGUAUGUGUAUAAUUAAUCAAAUUGGAAUCAAACAAAUGAUACAUUGACCCGAAAUGUAUGUAAAAUAGAUGUUUUUAAAUCGUAAGACACAUAAUAUCUCUAAUUGUAAACAAAAAAAGCAACCUUUUGGACAGCCAACACUCAAAAACAUAAGCAAACUUUAUAAAACGCAGAAAGAUUUUAAAACCUUGUAACGACGCAAUACAAAUGCUCUGCGGCUAUUAAGAUAAUUCGUCUCCAUGCAUUACCUUAAUUAUAUUUUUCAAUAUUUCUUUGUACUUCAAAUCCUGUGUUAUUUGAAGCAUUUUUAGUUCUUCUGAGCGGAUAAAAUUGUUGUGCUAGGUCUCCUCUUUCCUAAACUGGAUUCGUAAUUAUACCUAACAAAUUAGAGUAAAGAGAAUUGUAAACUUUUUCAAUGAAAAACAGGCGGAGCAAAACACAAAUUCUAAUAAUAUUAAUAAUAAUAAUAUAUAUGAUAAUGAUAUAUAAAUAUACAUCAAAAGCGUAAAUUAGUUUUGGAAGCCGUUGCAACUGAAAUGAUCAGUCAGACCGUUUUUGUAUGUAGCUUUUCUUCUGUAUAAGACAUCUUCAUUUGAAUAUUCUUUUGUAAAUAAAUCUUUAAAAAAUACAAAAGAAAAA